AUGUUUCGAAUUUUAUUCAUUUUCUUAGCUUUAUCCUAAGCCAAAAUCAUUACUAGAUCAUUCUCCCUCAAAUAACUUUCGACCAUGGACUACAUCCCAAUAAGCAGAUUCGGCAGUCGCGGAGUUGUAAAUUACGAAAUACAGUCUCGUUUGAUUAAUGUUCCCAAAGAUUAUGAAGGCGAAAGAUUAAUGAUCCCUUUUGAAUUCUUUUAAUAGGAUAAAUGGCAAUAAGCUUAGUCAAUACCUGAGUGCCGUAAGUAGGAUAAAGCAAAUAGAAUUAUCUACCAAUCCAUAGAAGUUAACCCUUUUGAAGAGAUCUCUACAUUGAAUGGAUAGUUGGCUUAUGGAAGACAUCAUAAUGUCUGGUUGGCAAUAUUUAAUAAUUGUGAUCACAAACUUGAAAAAAUGUUUUCUAAUUCUUCAUCUAAAAUCAAAUUGGAAAUAACUAUCUGGUUCUACGAUGAAGGAGGAUAAGAAUUCUCUUUGGAAGAACAUGGAUUGUUCAGCAUUGUUUCUGUCUUGGCAUUACUAACUAUAAUUGGAUUUUAUUACAACUAUCGGAUUUUUAGGAAAGAAUAGGAGAAAUAUGGAGAAAAAGAUUACGCAUUACUUUUUGUCCUAGUAAUCAUUGGAUUGGAGGCAUCCUAAAAUACUCUCAAUUUCUUCAAUCUUUUGGUGUAUAACAGUAAUGGAAGAGGAAUCAGUGUAUUUGCAAUCCUAUCAGAAGUGAUUUAAUCAGUGGAUAACUAUUUGCUGAUGUUGUUAUUAAUACUAAUAGCUUGGGGUUGGACAAUUGAUUUUAUUAAUCUAGAGACGUAGGCAGCUUUCUAUCUUCCCUUAGUAUUUGUCCUUGGAAUAGUCUAAACAAUAUUUGCCAUUAUAGGCAGGUUGCUUAGCACUUAAACCUAAUUUCAUAUGUAUGAAGGGUGGGCAGGCUAUUCAAUUAGCAUUAUUUAUAUAGUUCUUGCUCUAUAUUUCUUUUAUUCAGCAAAUCAGCAAAAAAAGAAAGGGGAAGUUGCUGAUAGUUUUUAUUUCAAACUUAAACUAUUUGGAACUCUAUUCUUUAUCUCCUUCCCAGUUCUAUUGAUGGUCUCUAAAGUCAUUGAUCCCUAUAAAUCAUACAAGGUGAUUAUUUUAGGAAGCAUGUUAAUGAGGCUAUUGAAUAUCGCUCUGUUGGUUAGAUUAUUUGUAGGAAAAUCAACGGACUAUUAAAGAAUUUGCAUCAAAGGGAAAUCCUUUUUGGAUAGGGAUAAAAUAAUGUGA